AUGAACAGCAGUGUUCAGUCGACCACAAGGCGACACCUCGACGAGAGACGAUCACCGCCCCAGACGCCAAGCACCCUCUAUUUAAAGGGUUGUUCUUUCUUGACAGGAAGACCAGACGAUUCAGCGAAAAGCAAACUGAGACGUCCCCGGAUCAUAGCCACCUUAUGGAAGAUUUAUAAAGCCCAGACAAGUGGGCAGUUGGUUGGUACAUUACCAUCCGGAGAUCGCGCCCAAACUCCUGAGGUAUCCCGGCACAACUUGGAGGCGGCGGCUCAGCUAAUGCAGUAG